UAUAUAGUUGCCAAACAAAUCUCCUCCACCCCACUCCUCGGUUGCCAUGAUCACUUUGCUUGAAACCUGCCGGAUUCCACCUCCGCCUAGCUCCGCCGCCGCCGCCGCCGAGCUACAACUGCCGCUUUCCUUCUUCGACAUCGUCUGGAUUCGCUCCCAACCUAUUCGCCGCCUUCUCUUCUACGAAUAUUCUUGCUCCGAAUCACAUUUCCUAGAAACCCUAGUUCCAAAACUCAAAGAAUCACUCUCCCUCACUCUCAAACACUAUCUCCCACUCGCCGGAAACCUCCUCUACCCUCUAAACACCGCCGACCAUAAGCCCCUCCUCCGUUACGUCUCCGGCGACUCCGUCUCGCUCAAAAUCGCCGUCUCCGGCCGCAACUUCGACGAACUCGUCGGAAACCACCCACGCGACGCCGAUCAGUUCUACGACUUCGUGCCGGAGAUCCCGCCGGCAACGGAAGAUUCCGAGUACAAAAUAGUCCCUGUUUUUGCUCUUCAAGUGACGCUAUUUCCCGGCCGGGGAAUUUGCAUCGGCUUCUCCAAUCUCCACAGCCUCGGCGACGCGAGAUCGAUCGCUGGCUUCAUGCAGGCGUGGGCUUCGAUCAGUAAAUCCGGUGGAGAAGAUGAGUUUCUAACCAAACACGGCGAAUCUCCGCCCGUUUUCGACAGAUCCGUAAUCAACGAUCCGCUCAAAAUCGACAGUAUAUUCUGGGAAGCCAUGAAAAAGAUUCCUUUCACACCACCUUCGUUCCCGAUACCGACGAACAGGGUCAGAGCCACGUUCACUCUCCACCAAUCCGACAUAAAAAAGCUCAAAGAAAUGGUUCUUGCCAAGAAACCGGAUUUAGGCCACGUGUCGUCUUUUGUCGUAACAGCUUCUUACGUUUGGACAACCUUGUUGAAAUCUGCAGAUGCUGUCGAAGACGAAGACGACGAUCAUAGUACGCUCGAAUACUUCAAAUUCGCGGUCGAUGUUCGCGAGCGGAUAAAUCCAUCGGUGCCCACAAAUUACUUCGGCAAUUGCCUAGGUGUAGGUAUAGCGGAAAUCGAGCAUGAAAGGCUUGUCGACGAAGAAGGGUUAUUAGUUGCGGCUGAAUUUAUGUCUGAACUUAUCAAGAACAUGAGUAACAAUAAAGACGAGGCUUUGAAAGGGGCCGAGAAUUGGAUGGAUGGUAGUAUGAAACACGUGUGGGCCCGAGCUGUUGGGGUUUCAGGUUCGCCGAGAUUCGAUUUGUGUAGUGCGGAUUUCGGGUGGGGAAAUGCGAGAAAGCUCGAAGUUGUGUCGAUUGAUGGAGAGAGGUGUUCGAUUUCGUUGUGUAAGUCUAAUGAUUCCGAGGGUGGAUUGGAGAUUGGUUCGUCUUUGCCUAAGGAGAGAAUGACUGCUUUUGCUGCUAUAUUUGCCGAUGGCCUAAAAUUGUGAUUUGGGGAUUCAUGCUAUUACAAUUUGUUAACGAUAAUAAGAUGUCAAAAAAAGCUUAUAUAAUAUGUAAGAGUUAAUA